AAUAGAUGAUAUAGACGGUCAAAGUCAAAGGAACCCCAUCUCCACUCCCACACCCCAGGUCGUUCGUUUCCUAAACGCAGUUGGAUUCUCGACAGAAUCUAAUAAAAUGCCUCCAAUUUUCUCAAUCGUACUCCACCCUUUUUUGUUUUCAGUGUCUUCCGUUUACUACAUACCCAAACCUCUCUUCAAUUUGAAACCCUAAAAUUCAAUUUCAGUUUUCUCUGGGUUUCGGUUCUUGAAACCCUAGAAAAAUAAAAAUAAAAAGGGUUUAUUUCGUUUUGCUCCCAAAAAAUUCCAAUGUUCAACACAAUUUACACAAAACCCUUUUUGCUGUUCUUGAAACCCUAGAAAACCAUAAAAGGGGUUUCUUUGUUUCAAACACUUGUUUUUUAAACAAUUAUUUGUCUGGGUGUUGUUUAGUUUUUGAUUUGUUUACGCUAAAUCAAAGUGCAGUGUCUGUUUUCCUUCCAAAAUUCCAACUCUUUAUAGCUUUUCAUGAAACCCCAGAAGAACCAAGAAAAUGAAAUUUUACCUUUUGUUGUUUACAGUUAAUGUUUUAUAGUUUUCCCCUUUUGUUUUGUUGAUAAACCCUCUGACCAGAUAAGAUCAAGAAACGGCGUUUCUUUCUUUUCUUGUUUAUAAUUCAUCUUCUUUUGCUUCGUAAAAUUAAUUUCUUUUAAUUUCAAUGGAGGAUUGUGAUCAAAGUAAGGUGUUCGUGGGUGGGAUUUCUUGGGAGACCACAGAAGAUGUGUUGCGAGAUCAUUUCAGAAAUUAUGGAACUGUGGUGGGUUCAGUGAUUGCUAAAGAUCGAACCACUGGUAGCCCUCGUGGGUUCGCGUUUGUUUCUUUCUCAGAUGCAUCAGCUCUUGAUAAAGUUCUCGUCGACACUCAUACAAUUCUUGGGAGAACGGUUGAAGUGAAAAAAGCAGUACCCAGAAGUGAACAGAACCAAAAUCAUCAAGAACAGAAUCGAGGGCUAAAUAGGAAUAAUGGAAAAAGUAAUGGUACUAAAAGCAACGAUAACAUAAAGACUAAAAAGAUUUUCGUAGGUGGGUUAUCUGCUAACUUAACUGAAGAUGACUUCAAAUUCUACUUUGAAAAAUUCGGUAGAAUCACAGAUGUGGUUGUGAUGCAUGACAAUGUAACACACAGACCACGUGGUUUUGGAUUCAUUACUUUUGACUCUGAAGAUUCUGUUGAAGAAGUCAUGCAAAAAAACUUCCAUGAAUUAUGUGGUAAGUUAGUUGAGGUCAAAAGGGCUGUUCCUAAAGAGAUCUCCGCCACUACUAGCUGCAAUACCGGCGGCAUUACUACCGGAAACCGUGAUUCUAACUUUUCCGGUCAUCAACAGGCGGCGUAUAGACCUAGAUACGAGGUUUUACCGAGUUAUGGACCGUUCCCGGGAUAUGGCGGUUACCCUUAUGGCGGUGGUGUGUUUGGUGGUGGUUUUCCGGUGGGUGGUUAUGGUUUGGCUCCGGUGACACCUAGGAUUCCGUGGGGUGGUCCGGCGAUGGUUAGUAUCAGGGGUAACCCGUUGCCAUUGACUAUUUUUCCGGCUUACUUGAAUGGUGGACAUGGGUUGAUGAGUAUGGCGGCGAAUGGUUAUAAUGGGAUUGUGGGGGGUGUACCGAGUGGGAUGCCGAGUCAACUCGGUGGUGGUGGUGAGCAACUCAUGGUGGAUGUAGAUAACAACAAUUCUUUGGGGUCAUCUGGUGGGGAGGUUGGUAGAAAUGAGCAAAGUGGUGGUGUUGAAGGUAACAUGAACAUGAACAUGAACUGACUAGUUUGGAAAGGUGGAAGACUUCUGAUACUGAUUUGGGUUUAGGGGUGUUUUGGUAAUUUACCAUGGUAACCAUUUGUUUAGUCACCUCACCUCUAGCUCUCUAAGUCUCUAACUUUGUUAUAAAGAUGUUGGGUUUUCUGUGUAUCAUUUUCUAGUUUUAAUAAUUUAUGGAUUCUGGAUUUGGAUUUGUGUAAAAUAGUUCUUUUUAUUUAUG